AUGUGUCACGUGACAGUCGAAGUUGAUGACACCAAUCUCAUCCAGCUGAUCAAGAGUUACGGUGUAUUCCCCCUGCGCGAAUUUAGUUACGGACCUGAUGAUGAUGGUGGUCGCCUCUGUCGUCCCUACAUCAUUGUAUCCAAGGGAGUGCCGCUUGUUACACAGGACAUGCUUGAUGAUUUGUCUGCCAAUGUACUCGGCUGGGAGGACUUCCUUGCCAAGGGGGUGAUCGAGUAUGUAGACUCCAACGAACUCAACGACUGUCUUGUUGCAAUGGAUGAGAGCGAAGUCAGCCCGGCGACAACACACAUGGAAAUUGAUCCAGCCACCAUUUUGGGUGUCGUUGCUGGCCUAAUUCCCUACCCCGACCACAACCAGUCACCCAGAAACACCUACCAGUGUGCUAUGGGCAAACAGGCUAUGGGUACGAUCGCGCUGAACCAACAGAUCCGCUUUGACACUCUCCAGCUGCAGAUGAUCUACCCCCAACGUCCGUUGGUCAAAUCGAGGACAAUUGAGAUGCUGCACUUCGACCAACUGCCCGCCGGACAGAAUGCCAUUGUGGCAAUCAUGUCUUUUUCGGGCUACGAUGUGGAGGAUGCUUUGAUUGUCAACAAGGCGUCACUGGAUCGGGGUUUUGCCAGGGCCUGUGUCUACCGACGGGCUGGGGCUCAUUUGAAGAUGCACGAAAGUGGUGUUUAUGAUCGGCUCAUGGGCCCUGUAAUAGACCGCGGUAAGUUCAACCUUUUUGCUUGUGUUUUCAACAGCACCCAUCAUAACUGA